AUGCGGCUACCUCGGAGAGUGUCAUGGUCGUCGGACGAGCUGGAACUGCUUUGCUCUUGGAUAUACGACGAUGAAUCCAAUCCAGUCAAUAGAAAGCUUGCGAUAGACAGGUUAUCAGCGUGGCGUACCAUUACUCCUCUACCCCAUGCUCUGGAAUCAACGCUCUCCUUGCUUGCGGUCCGCGCAGCUGAUGAGGCGAAUUCAAAUCCAUCUACUCUAUCAAUUAGACAAAGUUAUGCAUCUGCAGUUAUUCGCAUGGUCAACGGCUUCGUCGAUCCGUUGCAGGCUGGCGCCUUUGCUAGGUCGAUAGCCUCAAUCGCCACGCAAUUAGGUCUGCCGCUAUGGCUGGUUGAGCUACGUCAUGCAGCUACGCACGAAGAUAUACCUAGCUUAGAGUUGCUCAGGGAAGCUUGUCGUCAGACCCUAGGCUGGCUAUUUCACAAUUUCUUCAUGCCUGAGAUUCACCCUUCGACCGCCGCAGCGAGCACAAUACCUCAGAUUCGUCCCGUCGCGCCGAUCUUGAAGCAAUACAAGUCGUUGCGCAAAGCCAUGCUUCAGGAUGCCACCCUCCGUUCGCAAAUGAAAGGAGAUAUGGAAUCAACCUACAGAAGCUUUGGGAGAUGGUACUCCGAAGCCAUGUUAGUCGCUAACGCUGUUAUCAACGGUUCAUCAUUGGACUACUCUGCCAACGGUGAUGACGAGGACAGAAAAGAGCGUUGGGUGUUAGAUGUCUUGUGCGACGAGCUUCUGGUGAAAGGUCGAUUGCCGUCAACCAAGGAGUACGUGCUAUCAUACAUUUCCAAAACUAGGCACCUCAACAAGGCUACCAUUGCUCUGUGGUCACCUUUGCUACUCUACGUGCAAUCCCUACACCCAAAGUUCUUCCUAUCCCUCAGCUUGAGAUGUCUUUCGUAUCUUUCUGGGUAUGAAGACAUCGCCGAUCCUCAAGAUACUGUUCAGGAAUCUGAACAGUAUUUUCAAGCUUCAGAUCGGUCGCUAGCUCGGUGGAUUCUUUGGCUAGUCGCCACCUCUGAGAACGACAAGCUUGAGGGUCAUCUCGAUCUUCGAAGAGAGCUAGUCGCGGCUCUACUAUUGACUCUAGCGCCUGCCCAUAAGGAGGGUCUUCAGAAAAUGAGUUUGUGA